AUGGCCUUCCAACCAUACACGCCGAAGCCGGUCACUGACAUCUUCACCUCCGCAGACACCGACAUCAACCGGCGGGAAUGUCGGCGGACGGUGCCCAUGCGGGUGCUCGCACUUGGUCUUGGUCGCACCGGCACUGCUUCGCUUCGAACCGCACUGAAAGAACUGGGCUUCGCCGACUGCUACCACAUGUUGUCCGCCUCCGUGGAGAAUCCACCCGACAACCUUAUGUGGUCGGAUGCUCUGGCUGCCAAAUACGACGGACUCGGCACCUUCGGUCGCGAGCAAUGGGAUCAACUCUUCGGCCACUGUCAGGCCAUUUGUGACUGGCCGUGCGUGGCGUUUGCAAAGGAACUCAUCGAGGCGUAUCCUGAAGCCAAAGUCAUUCUCACCACGCGGGACGUGGACAGCUGGCACGCCAGCACGAUGAAGACAGUGCACUGGCGUGCUACGGAGCCGGAGCUCAAGCUUGUGGCACAGUUUGACUGGGCGGCGAGCAUGUACCAGCCCAUGCUGUCGAAGUUCUGGACGUGCUUUUGGGACGGCAACUUUGAGAAGAAUGGCAAACGGCGCUUUGUCGAGCACUACGACGAAGUCCGCUCUCUGGUCCCCGAGGAGAACCUGCUCGAAUACAAGAUAGGCGAAGGCUGGAAACCGCUUUGCGACUUUCUAGAGGUCCCAGUACCGGAAGGCAAGAAGUUCCCGCGCACUAAUGACACAGAUGGCUUUGUCGCGCGGUGUCGGAGGCGCAACAGAAUGCAAAUGAUGAAUGUCCUUUUCCGCGUCAGUAUUCUAGGCGGCGGCUUGGCGGCCAUCAUGUUCAGCACCACCAUGACAUGGAGACGAUUGUUCGGCAGAAGGUAG